GCAGGCGAUAGCCAAGGGCCUGCCGAGGGCCAUGGAGGGCAUUGGGGACCUUGGCCAGUGCUGUGCUUACUCCCGCGGGCUCUGGCCCUUGCCUCCGCCCCCGCCUUCCUGCCGCGAAGCCGAAUGUGGCGAGGCGGAUUGGCGCCUGCGCCGCUUCUUUGGCUGGGACGUGCCCCGGGCAUGGGAACUAGAGGUAAACUGAGUCCAGUCGGGGUGAGAGCAGUCCUACGCGGGUGGCACUACCCCCAUUGGAUUACAGGAUAGAUCCCCUUCCUGGCCACGCCUUGGGGUCGCUGCCCUCGCUGCUUUCCGCAGAGGCAGAGCCCCACUCCGCUCCCCCCACGCCGCACUUAAGCACCCAGGGAUCCUGCCUUCACCCAUCCGUUAGGGCUAAGACCCGCUCCAGCCGCCUCCUUCCCCACCCCUCCCCCUCACAUCCCGAGCCCCUGAGUGCUCCCUCCGCAGGCUCUCCGCAGUGUCAGCUUACACGCCUUAUAUAGUCUGAGCAGGCUCCAGCUGCGGCUUGCCUGCCGGGACCUGGGGGCGGGGGAGAGAAGAGCCGGUCCCUGCCUGACUCACCCUGCCGUCCGACACUCCAGGCUGGCUUGGGGGGAGGUCCUGCCAAAUUAGUUCCACAGACCACCCCUGGGUGAAAAGAACCUGGAGCCUUAAUGAGGUCCCUUCACCUUUCCAGUUCUUGAGAGAGGGGGCUGCCCUUGUCUAAGUGAGGUAUUAAGUUUGGCCCAGCCAAAACUUACACUUGCCGACCUUGGGUAUGCUUAGCAUCUUCUGCCUGGCUGGCACCUGUCCAAGGAUGGUGUCCAGAUCUUGGGGUCUGCCUGUGGGUCUGCCUGCAAUGCCCGCCACUCACUGUCUCUUCUCUCUCAGGAGAGGCACCAUGGAUUCCUUCAAAGUAGUACUGGAGGGGCCAGCACCUUGGGGCUUCCGGCUGCAAGGGGGCAAGGACUUCAAUGUGCCCCUCUCCAUUUCCCGGGGCUUUCCUGGGACCUGUCCUGGAGCAGGGUAACUGAGGGCAGUGGUUCCUGUACGCACACAUACCUUCUAUACAGUCUUCAGGCCUAUUCUAUAUCCCCCCCUUUGUGGAAAAAUGCUCACUCCUGGUGGCAAAGCUGCACAGGCUGGCGUGGCAGUGGGCGACUGGUUGCUGAGCAUCGAUGGCGAGAAUGCAGGGAGCCUCACGCACAUUGAAGCCCAGAACAAGAUCCGUGCCUGUGGGGAGCGCCUUAGCCUGGGUCUCAGCAGGUCUCAGCCAGUUCAGAGCAAACCACAGAAGGGGGGCGCCCCACUUCCACCUAGGUCCCCACCCACUCCUGCCCUGGCCCUGCCUGGCUCUGUCUCUGCCCAGGCCCUGGCCCCCGCCGCGGACCCCCCGCGGUACACCUUUGCGCCCAGUGCCUCCCUCAACAAGACGGCCCGACCCUUUGGGGCACCCCUGCACGCUGACAGCGCCCCACAGCAGAAUGGACAGCCGCUCCGCCCGCUGGUCCCCGAUGCCAGCAAGCAGCGGCUGAUGGAGAAUACCGAGGACUGGCGGCCGCGGCCUGGGACAGGCCAGUCCCGCUCCUUCCGCAUCCUCGCCCACCUCACGGGCACCGAGUUCAUGCAAGACCCGGAUGAGGAGCAUCUGAAGAAAUCAAGAUCUUGCAGCCAGGUGCCCAGGACAGAAACCCCAGCCCCAGCCUCAGCGACACCCCAGGAUCCUUGGCCUGCCCUAGCAGGCCCCACCACCCCCAGCCCCACCAGCCGCCCACCCUGGGCUGUGGACCCUGCGUUUGCUGAGCGUUAUGCCCCGGACAAAACAAGCACGGUGCUGACCCGGCACAGCCAGCCAGCCACACCCACACCUCUGCAGAACCGCACCUCCAUCGUGCAGGCCGCUGCUGGAGGGGGCACUGGAGGAGCCAACAAUGGCAAGACUCCCGUGUGCCACCAGUGCCACAAGGUCAUCCGGGGCCGAUACCUGGUGGCAUUGGGCCAUGCAUACCACCCGGAGGAGUUUGUGUGCAGCCAGUGUGGAAAGAUCCUGGAGGAGGGUGGCUUCUUUGAGGAAAAAGGGGCUAUCUUUUGCCCCCCCUGCUAUGAUGUGCGCUACGCCCCCAGCUGUGCCAAGUGCAAGAAGAAGAUCACAGGCGAGAUCAUGCACGCCCUGAAGAUGACCUGGCACGUGCACUGCUUCACCUGCGCUGCCUGCAAGACGCCCAUUCGCAACAGGGCCUUCUACAUGGAGGAAGGGGCGCCCUACUGCGAGCGAGACUAUGAAAAGAUGUUUGGCACCAAAUGCCGUGGCUGUGACUUCAAGAUCGAUGCUGGGGACCGCUUCCUGGAAGCACUGGGCUUCAGCUGGCAUGAUACGUGUUUCGUUUGUGCGAUAUGUCAGAUCAAUCUGGAAGGAAAGACCUUCUAUUCCAAGAAGGACAAGCCCCUUUGCAAGAGCCACGCCUUCUCCCACGUGUGAGCCCCUCCCCCAGCCCCACCCAGCCAGAAGAGUGAAGGAUCUGGAGUCGGCCCCAACAUUUCUGGUGGGGUUAGCAGUGGGUACCCCAACCCCCACUCCUGGCCAAAGCCUGGGGUUCCCCGGACACUGCCUCACUUCUUCACUCCUUCCCUUGUCACACACACUUCCCCCACCACUCUCACUCUGGUGCUGGCCACACCGGCCCCUGUUCACUUCCGAUGCCACAAUAAACCUAUAUCCA